UGCCUCCUAUAUCCAUUGCUGCUGUCAUCAUUGUCCAAUUCUGUGGUUUUCUUUUUCCUUUUUCCUUAUGUUUUUGAAGUAAAGCAUCUAAAAGGGUAGGAAAGCCAGAAAUAUUCUAGUAACUUUUUCUGGGUAUUGUUUGCCUUUCGUGGAUGUUUUAUUCAUCAGAAUCAUGGGUUAUUCCCAAUUCUAUGUUGUUUUGCUUUUGUCCAUCUUUGUGGGAAUAUGCUUAGCUUCCCCAAUAGAGGACCAAAAGAGGGAUAGGGUUACCGAGCUGCCAGGACAACCAAACAAUGUGAAAUUUGCUCAGUAUUCUGGCUAUGUAACUGUUAAUGAGCAAGCUGGGAGAGCAUUGUUUUACUGGCUGGUUGAGACACCAGCUAGUGAUACUGAUGGACCAAGUUCAAGGCCACUGGUGUUGUGGCUUAAUGGUGGCCCUGGAUGCUCCUCUAUUGCCUAUGGAGCAGCUGAAGAAAUCGGCCCUUUUCGUGUUAGUCCUGAUGGGAGUUCACUUUACUUGAAUCCUUAUGCUUGGAACAAUUUGGCAAAUCUACUCUUCCUUGAGUCUCCUGCUGGUGUUGGUUUUUCAUAUUCUAACACAACAUCAGAUCUGUAUACAGCAGGUGACCAAAGAACAGCUGAAGAUGCAUAUACUUUCCUUGUGAAUUGGUUUGAAAGAUUUCCUCAAUAUAAGCAUAGGGAUUUCUACAUUGCUGGUGAAAGUUAUGCAGGUCACUAUGUUCCUCAAUUGGCUCAAAUUGUUAACCAGAAAAAUAAAGGAAUCAAGGAUCCAGAUAUAAAUUUGAAGGGGUUUCUGGUUGGGAAUGCUGUCACUGAUGAUUACCAUGAUUACAUUGGUACAUUUGAGUACUGGUGGGUCCACGGUUUGAUUUCAGACGCCACAUAUAGGAUGCUGGGAAUUGCCUGUGACUUCGGGUCCUCUCAGCAUCCAUCAGACCAAUGCUUAGAAACUCUCAAACUUGCAACAGUGGAGCAAGGAAACAUUGAUCCAUAUAGCAUUUAUACACAGACAUGCAAUGAUACAGCAUCACUCAAACACAACUUAGGGGGUCGCUACCCAUGGAUGUCUCGAGCAUAUGAUCCCUGUACUGAGAGGUACUCUGACUUGUAUUUUAAUAAUCCAGAAGUUCAGAAGGCACUCCAUGCCAAUGUGACUGGCAUUUCUUAUUCAUGGAAGACAUGCAGUGAUAUUGUUGGGGUUGAGGAUUAUUGGGCUGAUUCUCCGCUAUCUAUGCUUCCAAUAUAUCAAGAACUUAUUGAAGCUGGUCUUAGGAUAUGGGUAUUCAGGCUCCCCUAAUCUCAACAGGAAGGUCCGUAUUACCCGGAGCUCAUUAGGUUGUUCUUGUGUUUUGCCUCAAGCAAUGAGGGAAUAAUGCAAUCAGUGGUGAAAGGAAAGCUCAUAGAGCUUGAUGGACCAACUUUGAAAGCAGUGGCUGGGCUUAGUGGAACAGGAAAAUUUUGGUGACUUUGAAGAGCUGACAACCUUUCAAGAUUUUCAACGGAACCUGGAGACCACAAAUUACAACAAAUUUUUGGCUGGAGAUAUUAAGAAAAACUCUAAGUUGAUUUCUUUUAUAAUAGCUUGGAUGCUUAAACCUAGGCUUCAUAACCAUGCUCAAAUGCCUAGAGAUGAUAUUUUGCUUAUGCAUGUCAUUAAGAAAAAGGUAAAAUAGAUUGGGUGUCUGUUGUGAAUGAUUGUAUCUGGAAGGCUAGGAGAAAGGAGGAUGGUCCAAUAUCCUAUGCUUUAUUGCUAUCUAGAAUUUUUGAGAAAGCUGGUGUGGAUCUUCAAGGGGAGAAAAAGAGAAUUCUCCAUGCUUCAAACAAGAUUGAAAAAUCUUCUUUGCAUCAUAUCGGGAUGCUAAAGCAAGAAGAUAAAUGGGUGUUCAAAGGUGAUGUUCCUCCAACACCAGAACCGACAACGGACGAAGAUGAAGUUCCAUCUCAUGAUGAGGAAUUGCCACCACAUGUGGAGCAUGAACCAGUGCAAGAGCAAGAAUCGAAACCGAAAGCGUUUUCUCCAUUUGAACAGAUUAUGAUCAACAAGCUUGAUGUUGUGAUGGAAAUGUCAAGGAAGCAUGAGUCAUAUUAUUCUGGUAUUCUUGAUCGGUUUGAUAACCUUGAUCAUGAGAUUGCAAGGAUUAAGGCUCAACUUGGAAUGCAAGAUGAUUCGGAGUGAUGCGUUUAGGAGUUUUAGAAGUUCUAAUUUUAGUUUUAAAACUUCUAGUUCAAAAUUUCAAUUUGGUUGUAAUGAUUUUAAUUCUGAACAUUUGAAUUUGGUUUUAU